AUGGCUGCAGAGCGUGAGGAGAAGGCCCUUGGAUACAGGGUUGUCACACACACACACACAUCGAGUGAACGGGUGGGUUGCAGAAGCACUUGCACUGCUGAUUGCGUUGAGGUGAUAUCCGCCAAUCCGACGCCCAGCGAUGUGCACUUGACUUUCUCAGCCGCGAUUCCGGGCCGGUACUGGGCCUUCAUCUUGCCUACAGACAGGACUAACGUAUUUACGCUGGAAACUGCGAAGUUUAUGGAUCUGAAUCCAGACACUGUCGGGCGAGCAGGCUGUCGCAAGAAUGACGUGGAGAUGGGCUCCGGGGCCACGGAAGUUCACUUGACAGACUGCGAUCUCGUGAUGUCGGGACCAGGCAUCACCUUCUAUUCCGCAUUUAUUUACGUGGAGGACAACAGCGGCCAAGUUGGAGACCUCUCCGCAGCAGUGACGGUUGUGGGCAUCUCGAACACGUUCCUGCCACCCUUCCCACGCAUAGUGGCGUUCGAGACAGACGGCAAAAUCUCCGUGGAUGUGCGUGUGAACAACUCUGGCCGCCUCUGGAGUCGAAUCGUAUUUUCCGACUUGUACCCCAGUAUCGAGCGCUAUUCUGGAGCUAUGUCGCUCACUGUAUUGAAGCAGUGGCAGAAUUAUCCGGACAACGGGCCCUCUUAUCAAAAUGAGAAUUGCAGCAUCUUUGAGCUGGACGUGACCGCUGAAUGGGACGCUCAGGGCCUGCCAGUACCUGUGUGGCUGAACUUCAGCAACUGCACAUUCACAUCUGGCACAGACUACAUGAUUGCGAUCUAUGCCGAAGAUGCAGGAGGGAACGACGAUGGAGAGAUCAUAGGCUUGAAGCUGGACAAGUAUUACAAUGCCAGCAACUACUUCACUACCUCUCCAUCUGUCGUUGGCACCGCAAUGGCCGAGACGUUCACAGUCCAGUUUCAGACCUGGGCUGCAGGCUUUGGCUGGUGUGCAAUCAUCGCUCCCCAAGAUGCGAAGUAUCUUACAGGAGCUGCUGUGAUGAGUGGGGAGGCAAGUCUUGGCGGCCCCAACUGCUGCAAGAACUCUGCCGGUUUCCUGACAGGUGGUGGUCUGGAGACAUUGACACUCACUGAGUGCGGUUUGAACAUGGACACGGAAUACCUCUUCUUCAUGUACAUCAGCGGGGGCGCAUUGGAUGGCACGCUUUCCUCUGGACAUGCUUUCACCACCUUCGGCAGCCUCGGCCAUAUCCGGGUGCAGUGGCUCCAAAAGGAAACAGACGAGGGAGGCGCCAUAGACCGGUAUCGCGUAUUCCUGAAUGGCACUCAGGUAUACGACGACUACGGUUAUCGAAGCAGCCUGGAGCAAACCCGUGCGGGAUCGCCACCUCGCUGGGUGCGUGUGGCAGACUUGGCGUGUACACCAGGCUUGAGCUAUGAGGUGACCUUGUCGGGGCGCAAUUUGGGUGGCUGGUCACCUUUGAGCGAGCCGCUGCAGACAGGCUGCUUCCUUCGUCCGGGUAUCAUCUCGGACCUGCGUGAGGUCUCUUCAUCAGUCUCGGCCGACAGAGAGACUGCAUCAUUGAGACUGGCAUGGAAUGCUCCACAAGAUGCAGCUGGUGCUGAGACGGCCUUCUACAAUAUUUAUCGCGACCGUGGGUUGCGGCAGGCCUUGUUCGAGCUGAUUGGCAGCACAGCUGUUACGCAGUUCGAUGAUGCAGGCUUGGUGCCUGGUCGCGACUAUGGUUACCAAGUGACUGCUGUGAAUGCUUUCGGUGAAGGACCUGUCAGCGACGUCUUGUUCCUCAAGGUUGCGGGCACGCCGGUCAUAGAGACACCGAAGGUGGAUCUCCUUGGUAUACUGAACCAGGCAGGCCUCCAAAUGAUUCCAACCGCACAGAUCGGGGAGUUGGACCAGGUGGACGGCGUUCUCCAAGUCUACAGCAGCGAUCUGCCUCGCACACUCCAGGCUUUGAAUUACGCCAGUCAUCGCGCAGCACACCUGGUGGUGUUCGGCCCUGUCGCAUUAAUCGUCGAGGAAGUUGACCUGGCUGGAACUACGGCAGAGGGUGACCCCUGCCUGGAGGCCGAACUAGAGAUCGCUGCCCCUGCAGUAUCCAUGCAAUUUUGUGCUGGAGAUUCCGACUCGGCGCCCUCGAUCUCACUGGCGUACCUCGUCAGGUAA